ACAACAACACACAACACAUCGAAUCAAACUCACAUCCUGUCGCGAGACUCGGAUACGGCGCGCUUGCUCGGACUGAGCACUUUGUCCAAUUUUCACACCGUUCUCGAUCAAUUCUCUCGAGCUCAUCUGAAUCAGGAGAAUCAAGUCGGAUAUGCCGGUCAAAUGGAAAUCAGCCGCAAACUCAACUAUUUGGCUCGCAUCGGUUCAGACAACGUUAACCCAGAUAUCGCCAUUUCAAUGAAACAGUUCAUAAACUCGAAGUCGCCCUAUAUUUCAACCCGGUUGGAUUCAAACGAAUCAGAAAAUUCUGUGCCGUCAAUACAAACUGAACGCUUAUUCAAUAAACGGCCCUCCUUGCCAGGACAACCGUGGUUGACCGCAAAUGACCAAAAUUGCGAUUUCAAAGUAUUUACUGCCCCGAAGUGUCCACGUCUCUCAGAAGUGACGGUUGACGAAUCAUAUUCUGGGGCAAGCCGAACAAAUCCUUCGACGCAAAGUUCCAUGAUCAAUCAAUUAGCCAAUCCGGAGUCAUGCGCGUUCCCGAGGCCCAACGACCACUUUUUGCCUUGGCGGAGGUUCUCUGCUAUACCCUGA